AUGGUUAUCACAGCAUCAGAAUCAUCUCAUUUCGAAAGUCAUCAUACGUCUAGUUACCAUGAAGAGACGCGAGUCACUGAGUCCCACGUUGAAAUGAGUCGCUCCUCCGAACAGCACAGUCAUGUGGACAAAUAUGAGGACAAAAGCGAUGCACAUCCAGGAUACACGCAGCAUUACUACCAAUUCAGCAACGAUGGCAGGAGGGAUACUAACGCAUCUGCCGUAUCUGGGGCUACUUCUGUGUCUGUGCACUCCAGUGUCUCUAACCAAACCCGUGAACAGAGUUACGACCUACCACCACUGGAACCCUUUGUGCCUUCGAGCGAAACACAUGCGGAGCACAAGCGUGGAAGUACUGGAAGCGAGCACAGUGAAUCAACAGUGACCGUCGUGUCAAGCCAUGUGCAACAAGCGGCGGAAGAAGUCCACACACCGGUUGUAAGUCUUCUGGGAAUUCUAUUCGAAGAAAUAUGA